AUGGACGGCAGACAGCGAGACGAAGAGACUGCCCCUCCACACACAGUAUCAAGUCCUUCCUCUUCACGGGGCAAAUCACCCGGACGUUCUAUGUAUCAUGCAUUACAACUCACCUCCAUUACCAGUCCUAAUCUUGGCUUUGGUCCACGGUCAUAUUUCAGCUCACAAAGCUUAUUAGAUAAUGGUCAACCUUCCUAUUCGGCUUCUCCGCUCAAAAUACGCUCACAAACAGUCGCUCUUGGCAGUCUAGAUAUUGUCGAAGAAAACCAAAAUGAGGAUGAAGCACCUCGUACUCAAACGGAUUCGAAUGCACCAAGAGAAAGUGGACUAUCACUUUUACUAAAAGCAAACACUCCGCCAGAAGCUGAUAGUAAAAGUAACGUGCCCGCAGAGGAAGAUAACGCCAAAGAUAAUAGUGGGAAGGAUAAUAAUAUUAUUGUUUUGGAUGAGAACGGUAAUAAAGUGGAAGAGCUACAAGGAUCACAACAGCCAUCAUCAGAUCAACCUGUUCCAUCGUCCCAUCCUCCUCCAUCUACAACUUCGCCCGACCACCCAUCCUACUAUACUCUUCAGAAAACUGACGAGACUGUUCCCCUACUUGCUCAACCAUUUCCCACUUACGCAAAUAAUCAUUUAGACGACGAUGAUUCGGUAAUAGAUGAUUAUUAUGAACAGUCAUGGAUUACGCGUUGGUUUUGUGGAUGGAGUCACGAUGGCUAUCUCCCGCACUAUGAUGACGAUGAAACGGAACACAGAAGGGAAAUUACGCCCGAAGUGAUAUUUAGGGAAGCUGUCAUAAAACCUCUUGGAUAUAUACCAGCCGUUAUUUUGGGUCUAUUGUUAAAUUUGUUGGAUGCUAUAUCUUAUGGUAUGAUCACGUUUCCUAUUGCAAAUCCCAUCUUCAGUUCGUUUGGACCAGAUGGUAUCUCUAUGUUCUUUGUAAGUUGUAUCGUCUCACAAUUAGUCUUCUCUUUGGGUGGAAGUAUUUUUGGAGGGGGUAAUGGGAGUAUGAUGAUAGAAGUUGUUCCGUUCUUGCAUAUAAUGGCCGAGAUUAUCCAAGAGGAAGUCGGCGUAGAUAACCCUAAAUCGAUUAUAGCCACAACUAUCUUGUCAUAUGCACUCAGUUCAGUGCUCACUGGUAUUGUGUUCUUGUUGAUGGGUGUGUUUAAGCUGGGAUCGCUGAUAGAAUUCUUCCCGAGACACAUAUUAGUGGGCUGUAUCGGCGGUGUCGGUUGGUUCUUAGUACAAACAGCAAUAGAAGUCUCUGCCCGUCUCGAAGGCAAUCUUGAAUACAACCUCGGUUCUAUCCUUGCGCUCUUCGUGAAUGGUCACACGUUUAUUCUCUGGUUUUCGGCUCUCUUUCUUGCAUUGUUACUUCGUGUUAUAUAUGCAAGGUGUCAGCAUCCUUUAGUAGUCCCAUUCUAUUUCAUGAUUGUGCCGCUAGUAUUCUAUGCUUUUGUGUAUUUGUUCCAUUUAUCGUGGGAUUCAUUGAGAGAAGGAGGCUGGGUCUUUCCGCUGCCUGCGGAGAAGGCACCAUGGUAUAGAUUUUACCAAUAUUAUGAUCUUAAGGCGACUAAUUGGAGAGCCCUCAUGAAGACCAUCCCUGCUAUGUUUGCUCUGACAUUUUUCGGAAUCUUACACGUCCCCAUCAACGUGCCUGCUUUGGGAGUGUCCAUUAAUGAAGAUAAUGUCAAUACCAACCGUGAAUUAGUAGCUCACGGACUUUCCAAUAUGUUCUCCGGAUUUGCUGGUAGCGUUCAGAAUUAUCUCGUAUACACAAACUCCGUUCUAUUUAUAAAGUCAGGAGGUAAUAGUCGCGUCGCCGGAGUUAUGCUUGCGAUUGCCACGGCAAUUAUACUUGUCAUUGGCCCUUGGAUAGUAGGCUAUAUUCCAGUAAUGGUGGUUGGUGCACUUAUCUUCCAUCUCGGUUUAGACUUAAUGAAAGAGGCACUCAUUGAUACUUGGGGAAUAGUGGAUCGAUUGGAAUAUGUCACGAUAGCUGCCAUUGUAAUAGCAAUGGCAGCCCUCGGUUUCGUUGAAGGGAUAUUCUUGGGUAUUAUUAUGGCUUGUGUUUUCUUCGUAUUGACCAAUUCUAGAAAGAGUGCUAUUAGAGCAACGUAUUCGGGAAGUUCAGUCAAAUCGACUGUGAGGAGGCACUACAGGCAACAGAAAUAUCUUCAAAGAGUCGGAAACCAAAUAUAUGCCAUCAAAUUACAAGGGUACCUUUUUUUUGGUACAAUUAACGGAGUAGAAGAUGCAAUCCGUAGUGUAUUAGCUUACCGUAAAUGGCGUCGCAACCCUAUUCGAUAUUUAAUUGUUGACUUUCAACUUGUUAGCGGGUUGGAUUUCAGCUCAGCAGAGGCGUUUAUCAGAAUACAGAGACUGCUCCAAGCAAAACAUGUCUACUUGGUAUUGUGUGGAGCAGCGUACAUGUCAGAUGUGGGGAAAGCAUUAAGGGCAGUUGGAAUGUGGGAUGAUGGAAAUAGAGAGUUUUUGCACACAUUUGAGACGUUUUACGAGGCAUUGGAAUGGUGUGAGAAUGAGUUGUUGAGGGCAUAUUACGUGAAGCCAGCAACACAUGUAGCAAAACCCAAUGAACAUGAAGUAGGGCUUACGCUGCCACCGCACACUCAACCAAAAGCCAUUAGUGAAUUUCACUCUCCCCGGCAAAAAUUGGUUGAAGCUGCCGGACAAAUCACCCUACAAGAUGACAACCUGAAUCAGCAACGAAGCACGCAACCGGUUGAUCUCCUUCGCAAUGCGUUCCAAGAGCUGACCAAUGUCGGCGACGACUUUUACACACGCCUAGCCAAGUACUUUCAUAGAGUCAAUGUCCCCGCCGGUGCCAUACUUUGGAGACAGGGUGAUGCUCCAGAUUGCAUGUACCUCGUUGAGCGUGGCUCACUUCGGGCUACAUUCCGAGUAGAGGAGGGUAACCCAGCUCGUCAAGUAGAGAGUAUUUUGGCUGGUACUAUGGCUGGUGAGCUAGGAUUCUUUGCUAAUCGUCCACGUGAUGCUACAUUGGUUGCAGAGAUGGAUUGUGUGUUAUGGCGGAUGGCUGACACGGAUUAUGACGCGUUGAUCACAAAGGAUCCAAAAGUGGCUAAUUUGUUUAUUAGAGUAUCAUUGAAUUUCUCGGCUGAGAGGCUUGCUACUAUGUUGCAAUAUGCAUUCCAUCUGGCAUAG